UUAUUUGACCAUUGACCUUGUUGUUUAAUAUUUUGCUCGGGCUCAGGCCCUCAGAUUAUAUUCUAUUUUAGAUUUUUUCUAAAAUAUUUCGAUGAAAUGCUCAGAGUUUAUUCUCACUAAAUAAUAAGUGCAAGUUGCAUUCGAAUAACAAAACAUAUUAUAACAUUUUGCUCUCUAGAUUCUCUUAAAUGAAAACAAUUCAAAAGAAAAACCCCAAGGAUGUCGGACAAUAAUCAGAUGAAUAAACAAGACGUUGAUAUAUAUCGAGAUACUUAUUUACGUUUUUUAGGAUAUAGCAAUGAAUUAGGAGAAGCGUUUCGUCCGAUUUGGCCCAAACAUCUUGUCAAUUUAUCAUACGCCGUAGCAGUGGCAUACGUUUUGGCAGAUACUGUUGAUAAAGCCAAAAUGGUACACGAAAAACAAGGUUCGUCCAAUAGAGAUGUUGCUAUCAAAGCAGGAGAUGUCCUAAUAUGGCAAAUGUUUGCCUCUGUUAUCAUUCCUGGCUACACUAUAAAUAGAUUAACUAAUGGUACACGGUUUAUGGUAAAACGUUUCAAAGUACCCAAUGCCAGAUACAUUCCUACUGCAAUUGGUCUUGCAUCAAUUCCAUUUAUAAUAACACCCAUCGACAAGCUGAUAGAUUAUUUAAUGGAUGAAACCUAUCGGAAAUAUCUUAAGUGAAGCGUUAAUUUUGAUGCCAAUAACCUACUGCCAUUGCAACAAAGAGAAGUAAUAUUAUUGUGAUACAUUUUUGCAAGGGUUAUUAAACAACACAAAUACCCUUAUUAUCUUACCUAAGAGAUAAAUAACAUUUUCUUAAUAGUGAACAAAUAUGCAACUAAGAAAAUGAAUAAUAUUAAAAUAGUACAAUUUGUUAUAGCCUACAGCCUUACCUGUUUUAUUUUUUAGAUCAAUAAACUUAACUUAAAAUGUUUGAAUUGA